AUGUACAAAGUUAGUCUUGUCACAGACUUUUUGCUUUUGGCUUCCUUUCAAGAUAGAAAAACAGUCAUCAGCUGUUUCCAACUUUUCAAAGAAGGUAUCAAGAAAAAUCAACAAAGAGAAAAGACGAAAGCUACUACUCAAGCUGCCUCAUUAGAAUACCUCAAUAUUUUCAGAAAAACAAUGGGCACUGAAGUGGGACGUCUAUAUGAUAGCUUUGCUUGGAUUAUAUACACUUGUUAUAAUCCUGUGAAUAAAAAGAUAAAAUCAUUGGUGAUUUUUAAAUUAAGAGAACAUAAAAAAGCACAUAUCUCUGUAUCCAGCCAAAAAAGUCUAGAAGGUGUUUCCAAUAUUAUUUCUGACGGAAAUAAUGAAAUUAGUGAGGGGUAUGAUAUUCAGAAAGGAAUCAAAUAUGCUAUUGAAAAUUCACAGGAUAUUGGGUUGUUAGAGUAUGAUGAACCUCUCCUGUCAUCAAUUAUUGAUGUUAGUGAUCCACCACAUUGGCUUGAAAAAUCAUUCACAGACGAAAUUUGGAAUGUCAUAGCAGACCCAAGUUGUUUGUAUACUAAGAGACAUUCAUUAAAUAUUUUUAAUGAUGAUAUUAAAGAACAUAUAAAAGAUCAUUAG